UAAAACGAACAAAAAUGGAGACUGGUUCAUUAAGUCAGGGGAAUCAAGGUCUAAAACCAGAUGGUCUCACCACAGGAGUGAUUGGUUGUUCGACCGAGCUUCCUACCGUCGAAGCAACCCACAUCCUCCAAACUGGUUCGCGGGCAGGCGCAAGAAUUGGUUCUUCCGACGGGCUUGGGCACGCCAGCAGUGUCGAGAAAACCCUUACGACAGCUGGUGUGAAAGACCCGAGGAGGAAACGGUCACUGUUCCGAAGAAGACCAGCUCAAAUCUCAGUUAGAUCUGUUCAACUCAACUUUGUAGAAUCUCGAACAUGUUCCAUUUCGUACUCACCACAAAAAUCUCAAGUUUACAUGUUUUUUCAGUAUUCAUUUAUUGAAAAGACAUUAAUUGUUUUGUUUUCUCUAAAGUAAGAAAUACUUGUGAUUAAAGUAUACAUAAAUCCGUAAAAAGACAUUAUUUUCAAGUUUACAUUAAAAGUGAAAUGUAUGAAUUUUUGUACUAUGUGUUUUAAUUAUGUUGUAGUAAAAUUCGGAGUAAUUGUAUUGUUUGAAUUUGGGAGAUCUAUAACUAAGUCAUGAUUUUAUCUGUAACAACCUAUUAUAUUUUUAUUUUGUGUGUGUUAUGACCAACACAGGAGUUGUGUUAGAUUUUGUUGUUGUAAAUUAGUUUUGUUAAGCUUAUUAAUUAAUUUAACCAAUUAUUUGGCUGUGUUGAUGCUAUACCUCUGCUUCCUAAAAAUGUGAAUAUUAGAAUGUACGAAAACAUUUGUAAUUAUUAAUAUAUAUUACCAGCGAUAUUUUAAAACCCUAUACUAAUUUAUGUGUUAGUAGCAAUUUCAUUUUGAUCUUCUAAGCGAUAAUCAUUCAAUCAUCAAAUUAAUGAAGUUUUACCAGAGGCAGUUCUUAAAAAUUUGAUGUAUUAAAAUUCCUUUGUUCUGUUUAUGAUACAAUAUAACUUUAACCAAAACAAACUGUAUAAUAAUAUAGGGGUAAGAUUUUAAGCAUUUAUUUUCAUGUAAAAACUUAGCCAACAUAUAUUUUUUGAUAGUUAAUAAAUGUAAAAAAAAAACAAAAAUACAAUAGUUUAUAAUAUAACCACAGGUUAGUUUUGUUGAAAUUAACCAAUUAAAAUAUUUCACAUUAUUAUUAUUGCAAAUUUUAUUUUCAUAAGAUAUAUCACUAAAAUUUAUGUCCUGGAAUUCAGAUACUGUUAUAAUAAACAAUAUAAUCAUGUGUUGGGUUGCAUGUUUUGUGAUUUUUAGUGUUAAAUAAUAUUAGAAAUAAAGAUUUUUUUAAAUUUUCAUAAAGUUACUACUAAAAUUUUUUAGAAUUUUCUGUACUCUUUUUUGUAGUUCCUUCUUUAUAUAAAAUGUUUAUUAUAUACCGUUUUGAUACCUUUGACACUUCAAACUUUACAUUAAAAUAUUGUUACUGUAUUAAAA